UUCAAAAUCAAUUUGAUAUUCAGAAUAAAACAGUUUCUUUAAGAAUUCAGAGCCGCUAACAUAAUAUUUUUAUACAAAACGAAAUGCGUUACAUAUUUUAUAUGCUGUGGAUGUGUCUCGUGGCGUUAAGUGUUUUCGCAGCAGAAAUCGGACAGUUGGAGGCAGCAAGUAAAGCAGAAGAAUUGCUUUCCGUGGACGCAGGAGUCCAACACAGCGAAGAAAACGCACGCUCUGUGCGGCAGUUCGGUUUCGGAGGACCAGGUGGCUUUGGGCCAGGAGGCUUUGGCCCAGGUGGUGGGUUCGGAGGGCCAGGUGGCUUUGGGCCAGGAGGCUUUGGCCCAGGUGGUGGGUUUGGGGGAGGUGGCUUUGGGCCAGGGGGCUUUGGCCCAGGUGGCGGAUUCGGAGGAGGUGGCUUUGGGCCAGGGGGCUUUGGCCCAGGUGGUGGGUUUGGAGGAGGUGGCUUUGGGCCAGGAGGCUUUGGCCCAGGUGGUGGGUUCGGAGGAGGUGGAUACGGAGGGCCAGGUGGCUUUGGCCCAGGUGGCGGGUUUGGAGGAGGUGGCUUUGGGCCAGGGGGCUUUGGCCCAGGUGGCGGAUUUGGAGGAGGUGGCUUUGGUCGGCGUGGAUUCGGAGGUGGUUUUUGACGCAGGCGAGUUAUAAUAAGAAGUUUUUAUGUUUAAGGUUUUGAAGUGUUUUUUGUAAAAUUUGUACAAAUUUAAUAAAUAUAUUUCUAUUGGAAAAACAUAAA